AUGGGGGCCACUGGCGGGUCGCGGCGGCCCUCUCGGCUCCUACUGCUGUUUUUCGCGCUGCUUUUCGCCUUUUCGGUGCCUGCUGCUGCUGCUGCUGCCACGAAGCCAGCAGCAGCAGCGGAGCCCUCAGAAGCAGCAGCAGAGCAGCAGGAGGCAAACGAAGCAGCAGCAGCAGCAGCAGAUGAGGAGCCCGCCUGCACUACAGGCCUAAGAGACGCACUUAACGCGGCCAUCGCUGAGAUGCACACGGAGCACUACAUGGCGAACGAGCUGCUGAGUCGCUACAAGCGGGUGCCCUACGUGCCGGUGCUGGCCUGUCCGCUGCUGCAAACCCCCGAGGGUUUGUGGCCCUCAUUAGGGUCUUUGCAUCCUUCGGAUUUGCUGCUGCAGGUGCUGCACAGGGGCGUGCUGCGCGUCGCCACUUACGGGGUUCCCCCGCAGCAGCAGCAGCAGCAGCAGCAGCAGCAGCAGCCGCAGCAGCAGCAGCCGCAGCAGCACCCGGACGGGCCCCACAGGGCCUACAGGGGGUUCGACUGGGGAGAAGAGGCCGACUACUCCAAGGACCCACCCAAGGGGUUUUUCCCGGACUACCUGCGUCGGCUGGUGUCGGUGCUGGGCGCGCACUACGGCCGCGGGGUGUCUGUACACUACAUGUACUACACCAGCGGGGCUGCAUGCUUGCGAUCUGUUUUAAUUGGCGAAACAGACAUGACAGAUAUAUACUUUUUGCAGUCCAUGCCCGACGACGACUCUUUGCUGCACUUCUCCCUCUCGGGGGGGGCCCCCAAGCAGCUGCCUGCGCCAGAAGCGGCUUCCGAGGGUACCGGGGGGCCCCCGGGGGGCCCCCCGGACGCGCCCCAGGCUUCCCCGCAGGACCCCCAGGGGGCCCCCCAGGGCCCCGGGGGGGCCUCCGGGGGGCCCCCGAGCCCCGGGGGGGCCCCCGGGGGGCCCCUCAGCCAGGGGGGGGCCCCCGGGCCCGUGGGGGGCCCCAAAAGGGGCCUCAUGGGAGCCUACUUCUACAGAACUUGCCCCGUGGUGGGGGCGAGUAAUGUGUUUGUGACGAGAAGUUCUUUGAACUUCAAAUCUUUGAAAGAAGUUGCAGCUUAUAUUCGAAGACACCCCGGCAGCAACACUGUUGCUUUCUUGACAGCAGCAAACUACAGAACUGUUGCUUUUCUGCUGCCUGCAAACACUCCCUUCGUCGUGAUGCCGAAGGCCGCGGCGCUCUCCGCAGUGCGCCGCGGGGAGCUGCUGGGUUUGCUGCUGACGGGGUCUUUAAAACCCGAAGAGGGUUUGGGGCUGCAUGCGCUGAAGACGAAGGUUUUCUCAUCUGUGGGGCCGUGGCUGCGGCGUACAGACACCCCGCGCUGCCUGGCCCACAGGUUCCGCACGGACCUCGCGGCCCUCAGGCCCAGGCCUGCUGCUGCUGCUGCUGCAGCGCAGCAGCAGCAGCAGCAGCCGCUCAAGGCUGCUGCGCGGGGGCCGCACGCACACGCAGCCGCCGCGGUCGCCGCAGCGGCGGCGCUCGUCGUCGCUCUGCUGCUCUACUGA